AUGCCGUAUCUUCCCACCCCCCAGGCCUACCUGGAACAAUCCGCCUUGUUACUCGAAGCAUACCCGGACACCACCCGAAUCACAACGAAAUACAGCUUCCCUUCACACAAACCUAAAUCCAAACCUACAUCCACGACAGACUCUGCCCCCACCGAUCCCCAAUCCCAACCUCAGACCUCGACGACGCCAGUUGCCACGCUGACGUUGAAAACAUUCAACCCCUCGGCGGGCCUCUGUCUGAAGUAUCGCACCAACAAGGCUGCCGAGGUCGGUCGCUUGAUCACAAGUCUGGGGAAGCUGGCCGGGGGCGCAGAUGUUGCUAGUUUGGGUCUCGGCGCUGCUGUUGCUCCGGCCGCUGACGUUGAGAUGGCAGAUGCUCCUGAGGAUGGGACUGCUACGCUGACGGCGGCCGCCGCUGCCGCACCUGCGGCCAAGACCGAGUCGAAUAACAAGGGUGGGAAAUCGAAGAAGAAGGGUGGUAAGGGUAAGAGGUGA